AAAGGAAACAGUUGGCUUCCAAUCUCCGCCGAUGAUGUUAAUCAUUUACGCGGACUAGAACACAUUACAUUUAUUAUAACCUCGCCGGCAAUGACACAAAACGAACAGUCGUAUAAACUGUGUAUUUAAUAUUUAAAUUUCCCGCCAAUUUGUUACACACGCGUCGUGUCUGAACUGUGGUUGGUUGAAACGGAACGAUGAAAAAAAACAUGAAUGUGCCACAAGACAGUGUUAGUCGCUCUACGUGCAAUAGCAAGGGGAGUAUGAUUGUUGUAUCAAACAGGCUACCAUUUGUUUUAAAAAGAAAUGAGAAAACCGGUGAUUUAGAGAGAAAAGCCAGCGCUGGCGGCCUCGUGACAGCUGUAGCGCCUGUAGUUAUAAGGGGUAAAGGUGUCUGGGUGGGCUGGCCGGGUAUACACCUGGAUAAUCCCAAUGAAAAAAUACCAGAAUCGGACCCCGAGGACAAAACACCUACGGCUGGUCUACUUUCAGAUAAGAUAGUGGCAAUUCACGCGGAACCGAAAUUAUUUGACAGCUACUACAAUGGAUGCUGCAAUGGUACCUUUUGGCCGUUGUUCCACUCUAUGCCGGAUCGCGCCACCUUCAUCGCGGACCACUGGCGAGCCUAUUCAAAAAUCAACGAGCAAUUUGCCGAAAAGACCAUCUACGCGCUUAAGCUUUUAAAAGACAGCAAGGAAAAGAGCGGGAACUCCCCGCCUAUAGUUUGGGUUCACGAUUAUCAUCUGAUGCUGGCAGCUAAUUGGAUCAGACAGAGAGCGGAGGAAGACGAAAUAAGAUGCAAACUGGCAUUUUUCCUACACAUACCUUUCCCCCCCUGGGACAUAUUCAGACUGUUCCCGUGGUCCGAUGAAGUCUUGCAGGGAAUCUUGGGUUGCGACAUGGUCGGGUUCCACAUAACAGACUACUGUUUGAACUUUAUAGAUUGUUGCCAGAGAAAUUUAGGUUGUCGAGUCGAUAGGAAGAAUCUUCUCGUCGAGUUAGGCGGCCGUACCAUUUGCGUGCGGCCGUUGCCCAUCGGCGUACCCUUUGACAGAUUUGUCUCAUUAGCCCAGAAUGCAAAACCAGUCCUUUUUACGAAUCAGAAAGUCUUACUGGGUGUAGACAGACUGGAUUACACCAAAGGCUUAGUACACAGACUGAAAGCCUUCGAAAGACUGCUCGAGAAACAUCCGGAACAUAGAGAGGAAGUCGUCCUGCUACAGAUAUCGGUUCCUUCGAGAACUGACGUCAAAGAAUACCAGGACCUGAAGGAAGAAAUGGAUCAAUUGGUCGGCAGAAUAAACGGAAGGUUCACCACACCGAACUGGUCUCCAAUAAGAUACAUAUACGGCUGCGUGGGUCAAGAUGAAUUGGCGGCUUUCUAUCGCGAUGCAGCCGUAGCUCUGGUCACACCGCUACGUGAUGGGAUGAAUCUGGUCGCUAAGGAGUUCGUGGCCUGUCAGAUAAAGAAGCCUCCGGGGGUCCUGAUAGUGUCACCGUUCGCCGGCGCCGGUGAAAUGAUGCACGAAGCUCUGAUAUGCAACCCUUACGAACUAGACGACGCCGCUGAAGUCAUUCACAGGGCGCUGAUUAUGCCAGAGGACGAGCGCACGGUCCGCAUGAAUCAUCUGAGACGGCGGGAACAACAGAACGACGUGGACAGUUGGAUGAAGGCGUUCCUCAAGGCGAUGGACUCGCUGGAGGAGGAGGCGGACGACAUCGGAGCCACGUCCAUGCAACCCGUCACCAUCGACGACUUCGACGAGUACCUGUCCAAAUACAUCGGCUACACCCAGAAGUUAGCUCUCCUGCUAGAUUAUGACGGGACCCUGGCUCCGAUCGCGCCACACCCGGACCUCGCCACACUGCCGUUGGAGACGAAGAAUACUUUGCAACGACUCUCCAACAUGGCCGACGUGUAUAUAGCUAUCGUUUCCGGCAGGAACGUCAACAACGUUAAGGAAAUGGUUGGUAUAGAGGGCAUCACCUACGCAGGAAACCACGGCUUAGAGAUAUUGCACCCGGACGGCAGCAAGUUCGUUCAUCCCAUGCCUAUGGAGCUGCAAGACAAAGUUGUCGAUCUACUCAAAGCGUUGCAAGAACAAGUGUGUCGAGACGGAGCCUGGGUGGAAAACAAAGGAGCUCUACUGACCUUCCACUUCCGGGAGACUCCAUUGGCUAAGAGGGCGGCUCUAGAGAAUACUGCCAAGAAACUAAUCACAGCCGCAGGUUUCACACCGGCCCCCGCACAUUGCGCCAUCGAAGCCAGACCGCCCGUACAGUGGAAUAAAGGUCGCGCGUCCAUAUACAUUUUAAGAACGGCUUUCGGUUUGGAUUGGAGCGAACGUAUCCGAGUAAUAUACGCUGGCGAUGACGUCACCGACGAAGACGCCAUGUUGGCUCUGAAAGGUAUGGCGGCCACAUUCCGUAUAGCGUCGUCCACCAUAACGAAGACGUCAGCCGAGCGCCGCCUGUCGUCCACCGACUCGGUGCUAGCUAUGCUGAAGUGGGUAGAACGACAUUUCUCCAACCGCAAGCCGAGAGCUAACUCACUGACAUACAAAAACGCAAGAUUAGCCCGCGACACUAUACAAAUGCAUAUGUCUUAUCAAAUACCGAAAAGGUCGCCGCGUCACACACCCCCCUGCACUCCAGAGAAAUCCUCGAGCGGGUCGGAAUCCAAUUAAACGUGACGCCAUUUUGAUUUAGUUUAACGUUCGGAAACUUAAACGCUGAUAUGUCAGUUGACGUUUAGAAAUUUUUUACAUCUCUAUAUAUAUACAUCUCUAAUCUCGCAUCAAGUCUGAAAUUUUCUACCAAAUAUUUUUUUUUUUAAUAUUCUAAUUUAAUCGAUCGUUGAAAUGAGUUAGUGGUAGUUUAUGAUUACAAUAUUUAUAUGUCAGUUUAGUAUGGCGUGUGCAGAUGACGUUUGUGUAGACAGUAUCUUAUGUGAUAGAGUAGUGAUAUUAUAAUUUAAGGCUUCAUAAGAACCCAAAAUUCAAUUAUUGUAGUCCCCUGCACAGACAAGCUUGGUAUAUAAGUUUAUCCACAUUGUAUAACCUCUAAGUUCUAAUCACUGUAGUCGUUAGAUUUUAUAGACGUAUAUGUGAAUUAUUUUCUCAAAAAAAAUAUUUAUUUAAGUAAAUAAUACCUUCUAAGACGGUUGUAUUUAUUAUAAUGAAGUAGAGUAGACAUUUUUAGUAGCAGUUAUUUUGUUCAUCAAAUAUUCGAUAAUGUCAUUGUGAUUACCGACUCGUGUUUAUAGAGUACUUCGUACAUUCACAUACGCAUUACGUGAACGCACAUAAAAAACCUGUUGUUAAUAUAUUUGACAUAGAAUUAAAUACAUUUCGCAUUAGUUCCUUAAAUUAUUUUUUAAUAUAUUUUUGUUUAUAUUUAUCGAAAUUUAAUAUGCUAGUCCAAAAAACAUUAUGAAAUAUUCCAUCGCGUACUGAAUAUCUCGAAUUAUACGUAUUUUUAGAUAUACUAUAUGUUUUUGAAUGUAUUCAAUAAAAUUUACAACAGACGUAAAA